AUGGAAUCGCCGUUGCUCUCCGGCGUCGACAAUCAGCAGCAGCUCAUUGGAGUUGACGGCGACUAUCGACCCAUUAAUGGACUGAAAGAAUGGAGGGCUGUAUUCUGGAUCGAGACAGUGAAGUUAUGGGAGAUUGGAGGUCCAAUUGCUUUCAAUAUUCUUUGUCAGUAUGGGAUCUACUCAAUUACCGUAGCUUUUUGUGGUCAUCUUGGUGCUGUUCAGCUCUCUGCCGUUUCUGUUGCUCUAAAUGUCGUUGGAACUUUCUCUUUCGGCUUCAUGUUGGGCAUGGGGAGUGCUCUGGAGACGCUGUGUGGACAGGCAUUUGGUGCUGGGCAAAUACAUAUGCUUGGGAUUUACACACAACGGUCUAUGGUUAUUCUAUUGUUUAGUACAUUGUUUUUGUUGCCAAUUUAUAUUUUUGCAACUCCACUACUUAAGCUUUUAGGCCAAGAACAUGAUAUGGCUGUUCUUGCUGGGAAAUUUGCCCUGUUUUCAAUCCCUGAGUUGUUUUCACUGGCGGUUGGUAUUCCCACCUCGAAAUUUCUUCAAGCACAGAGUAAAGUUGGUGUGCUGGCUUGUAUUGGUUUUGUGGUUCUUUUACUCCAUGCCUUUCUGCUAUGGUUGUUCUUAUAUGUGUUCAACUUGGGUAUAAAUGGGGCUGCGUUAGUCUUUAAUAUAACAGGUUGGGCCAAUGCCAUAGCUCAAUUUGUAUACGUGGUAGUUUGGUGUAAGGAUGGAUGGACGGGAUGGUCUUUGUCAGCAUUGAAUGAGAUUUGGGCAUUUGUUAGACUCUCGGUUGCCUCGGCUGUUAUGUUAUGCCUUGAAAUCUGGUACAUGAUGAGUAUUAUUGUUCUCACCGGACAACUCAAGGAUGCAGUUAUUGCUGUUGGAUCCCUCUCUAUUUGCAUGAAUAUUGAUGGAUGGGAAGCAAUGUUGUUCAUAGGAAUCAAUGCUGCCAUAAGCGUACGAGUCUCAAAUGAGCUUGGGUUAGGGCGUCCCAGGGCAACCAAAUAUAGUGUAUAUAUCGCAGUGUUUCAAUCACUCAUCAUUGGGAUAUUCUGCAUGAUAUCAGUACUAGCAGUAAGAAAUCAUCUGGCCAUUCUUUACACAAACAGCAAGGAUUUGCAACGAGCCGUUGCUGACCUUGCUUGGCUUCUCGGAAUAACCAUGGUUCUUAACAGUGUUCAGCCUGUAAUAUCAGGUGUUGCUAUUGGAGGUGGAUGGCAAGGUUUAGUUGCAUAUAUCAAUUUGGGAUCUUACUAUGUUUUUGGUAUUCCUCUAGGAUAUACGCUUGGUUCUGUCUCUAACUUUGGCGUCGUGGGUCUAUGGGGAGGAAUGAUUGCAGGACUUGCUUUGCAGACACUACUUCUCUCAUUUGUACUCUAUAGAAUCGAUUGGAAUAAAGAGGUUGAGCAGUCUGCAGAGCGCCUACGCAAGUGGGGAGGUCAAGACUUUGAGUCUGAGAAAACUCUUAUUUCAGAGCCUACGAAGGACUUACCAUAAGAGUAACAUUUUGUGGUGAUAUCAAAUGAUGAUUUUUGGAUAGGAUCUAUGUGUUGUAAAUGACGUGGAGCCUAAAUCCAUGUUAGAUGCCACGGUGGAUGACAGCUAGGCCGAAGGGGAAAUUAUUAGUUGUACACGGGUAAAAUAUGAAUAAAAAAGGUUAAUUGAUUUUGUUGGUGACCAGGCUAAAGAUACUCUUAACAUCGUGAGUUAGGGGUACUAUUAGUUUUAAUAGUAACGUAGCUGCGAUUUAGAACGGUAGGCUAAGAUGUUUGUCUCGUUGUGUUUGUAACAUUACAUUUAAAUAUGAUGUUAAUUUCACACCUUUGUUGCUCCUA